GGAAUAAAAGUUUAAAAACAUUAACCGAUAUAAAAAAGUUGACAUUAUGUCAGGUAAUUUUUUAACGUCCAAGUCCAAUCAAUCAGCUAAUAACGUCCAGACCUACUAUGACUUGCGUCGUGUUUUGCAAAGAAAAAAAACCGCAGAAGCAAGGACACUCAUAGCCGCUGGUAUAAAGGUAAAUAGUCCUCAUAGAAGGGCUUGCGAUACGAUUCUUCACUUGGCUAUUAAGUGUGGAGAUCUUGAACUGGUACAGUUAGUACUGAGCAAAGGACCCCAUGUCAACUUCAAAAACACACAUGGAAAAACUCCUCUUCACGUAGCAGUUGAAUUAGGCUAUGAGAAAAUAGUUGAACUACUGAUCUCCAAAGGUGCCUACGUCAAUACAAGUGCUAAAGACGGCUCAACACCUAUUCAAGCUGCUAUCUCCUCGUUUCGAUCUAAAAUAUUUUGUAUGCUUGUAAGAAAUGGUGCUAAAACAAAUGUGACUCUCAAUAAUGGUCAAACAUUAUUUUACACCGCAGUUAAAUCCGGUUUGUCAUCUAUCGUUGAUUGUUUACUUAAAAAUAGCUCUGUUAAUAAAAAAGCCAACAACAACUGUCUUAGGUUUGCUAUAUUGUCAACAAAUGAAAAAAUUGAACAGCUUUUGCUUGAACAUGACUUUGAACUUGACCUUGAGUCCAUCAACGAUUCGAAACUCUUUCAUACUAUAAUAACUAAAGGACAUGUUAAAUUAGUGAGUGAUCUUUUGAUGAUGGGUGCAAAUAUUAAUUCACUAACAUUUCGAAAAAUUAAUAGUGGAUUUACUCUUCUCCACACUGCUUGCUACUAUCAAAAAUUUGAAAUUGUUGAAUUACUAAUAUUACAUGGCAUAGAGUUGAAUGUUAAAGACAACAAAAGAAAAAUGGCAAUAUUUUACGCUGUAAGAAAUCUUGAUGUUGAAAUAAUUAGAUUGCUGCUAAUUAAUGAAGCUUACAUCAAAGAUGAUCCGGAUUUACUCAAUAUAGCUGCUAAUAAGCAGCACAUUGAAAUAGUUUCACUUUUACUAAAUUACGGUGCUGACAUUAAUGGGCAUGAUGAACUUGGAAGGACAGCAUUACACUCGGCAGUAAUUAACCAGUCUCCGCAGUCAAUUAAGGAUACACCUCCAUUUAAUUCAGAAUUGUCUGUUGUUUCGAUUCUGUUGAAAAGAGGUGCUGAUGUUAAUACAAGACUCCAGACAGGUGAAACAGCUCUUCACAUGGCUGUUCAAAACAAUAACGAGAUAACUGUGAAAGCUCUUCUAGAAUACGACGCUAAAGUAAACGUAUCAAACUCAAAGGGAACUACGCCAUUACAUUUGGCAGCACAGGUAAAAAAUUUGACAAUUUUUAACAGCUUGUUGAGUAGAAACACAGAUGUGAGAGCUACAGAUGUACAUGGUGUGACCGCGUUGCAUUUUGCUGCUGAAGCUGGAGAUGUAAAUAUUAUUGGAAGUCUUCUACAAAACAAACCUGAUGUGAAUGCUGUCGAUCGGUUUAAUUGUACGCCUUUGCAUUAUGCAGCUAAAUAUGGACCUUUAGAAUGCGUCUCUAUUUUACUAGAUCACAAUGCAGAUGUAAAUGCAUUUGAUAUAAGCGGUUCGACUCCGUUGCAUUUAGCUGUUGGAUCUAAACAUGCUGAGAUCGUUGAACUUUUGAUAAAUUUCGAUGCCAACGUUAAUGUACCUAAUGAAUCUGGUGAUACUUGUCUGCACAUUUCUGUUGAGCGUGAUACUGAUACAAGAAUCACAAAACUACUUAUGAAACACUGCAAAGACAUUAAUUGUUUUAAUCAAGACGGAUUAACUCCGCUCUUGAUUGCCGCUAAAAAAAAUCCAGCUUUGGUUGAAUGUUUAAUAGAUUAUGGCGCUGAUGUUCAUCUCACAGAUUUACAAGGUAGAAAUGCUCUCCACAUUGCUGUUGAAAAUGGUCAAUUAGAAAGCGUAGUAAGUUUGUUGGCUAAAAAUGCUGAUGUUAAUUGCAAAGAUGCAGAUGGUAAAACACCUCUAUUGAUAGCAAUACUAGACGGAAAUGAAGAACUUACUAAUACUCUUCUUCAGUUUAACGCUGAUGUUAAUUAUACUGGUUACCGAAACAAACCAUUACUUCACUUAGCUUUGACGAAGAACCGUAAAAGUAUAAUUAAUGAUUUAUUGAUUUAUGGUGCAGAUGUUAAUUUUAUUAGUGACGCAGGAUUAACUGCUCUUCAUAAAGUGAUGGAUCUUUAUUUAUCUACAGAAAUUAUGGACUUAUUGCUGAAAUUCGGCGCCAACACGGAUUAUAAAUUUAGAGAUGGAAAAACACCUCUUUACAUUGCUACAGAAAAUAAACGAGCUGAUCAAGUAAGGGUUUUAUUAAACUAUGGCGCGGAUAUGAGCGCAACUUAUGGAGGCAAAAUAGCUUUACUUCGAAUGUUUAAAUUUAUCAGCUCAGACAAUUACAACUCACCAUGUGAAGAUUGUGGUAGUUCUGAUUGUUAUUGUGAUUAUAUGGGUUAUCAAAGGAAUAGUUGGAACAGAAAUUGGUAUGAUGACACCAACUCACGGUAUGAGCAAUUUUCUUCUCAUGUUAAUGAAUGCUCAAAUGUCGUUGCAAUUUAUAGACAACAUAUUCGAAAGCUAGAAGCUGCUGGUUUUUAUAUUGAUAAAGAGGUCUUACGAGCUCUUAAAUAUUUCAAAAAGAUACAAGCUAAAGUUGAAGAUGAUGAAUAUGAUGAAGAUUAUGAAAUCAGCUCUGAUAUUGAGGAUGAAAGUGACUCUGAUUUGGAUGAUGAGUCGGAUGUAGAAGAGAAUGAUGGCAGUAGUCAGGAAAGUAGAGAACUAGAAGCGAUGAAAAAUGAAAAAAUUGGCUCCAGCAAUAUUACUUUCUUUAAUUUUUUAACAAGUAGUAUUCAUCGGGUAGCCAGAUACGUCAAAAAUAAGGAGAUUGUUGAUAUAAUUAAAUUGAAUGAUUAUCAAUUAAUAUUUCCAGUGUAUGCUGACAUGAUUAAUGCUCGGUUUUACAGUGGUUUAGAAAGAGAAAAGUUGAUUGAAAAAUGCGAUUUUUUUCAUCAUUUUGUUAUUUUACCGUACAACUGCAUUGAUGAAAUAUUAAGUUUUCUUAGUAAUCAAGAUUUGCGAAUGCUAGUAGACUCUUAUAAAAGUCCAAGUGUAGCACAUAAGCGAAAGUUUAUUUUCAUUUCAUAAAGCUAUUUUCAAGUUGAGUUGAAAAAAUAUUUUUAUAAUUAUUUUAAUUAUCUACUGAUAAAUGAAGAUUAUACAAAUUUAAGAAGUAUAUUAUUUGGUUUAUCCAUUCAUGAUUAUUCAAUUACAAAAAAUAAUUCUAUAAU